UGCUGUCGUCGUACUGAAAACGAAAGAAGAAGAAUAGUUGAUUGAAAGUUGAAAUUUUAUGUUUAAAAAAAAAAAACAAAAUUUUACAAAAUUAGCUUCGUUUAAUUGACGUGACAUUUUCAAAACCCUUCACAGCAUAGUGGGCUGAUCGCGAGUACCAGUGCUGCACAGUUAUCAGCUCUCCCGUGUGCCAAUGAGGCUUUUGGAAAGUCCUAUUGUGUUAUGACUUUGUAAAUAAUCAUUGUGGACUAAUGCUAUUCUAUUAUUAGUAUUCAGUGUACCCAGUUGAUGUUGUAGUUAAGGCAUAGUAUUUAUUAAUACUCGCAUAAUGUUUCGCAGUCGUAGCUGGUUUGGCGGCCCGUGGGGUGGACGCCCCAAAAAUCGGUUAUCAUUGGAGCACCUUAAGUACCUGUACAGCAUUUUGGAAAAGAACACAACCGUAUCGGAGAGCAACCGCGGCUUGCUGGUUGAAUCAUUGCGCUGUAUAGCCGAGAUACUUAUAUGGGGUGAUCAGCAUGACUCCCUGGUCUUUGAUUUCUUUUUAGAGAAAAAUAUGCUCUCGUACUUCCUGCACAUUAUGCGUCAAAAGAGCGGCGGCUCUAGUUACGUUUGCGUCCAAUUACUUCAGACACUUAAUAUUCUCUUUGAGAACAUCAGAAAUGAGACGUCGCUGUAUUAUCUACUAAGUAAUAACCAUGUCAAUUCUAUAAUGGUGCACAAAUUUGAUUUCUCCGAUGAGGAUGUAAUGGCCUAUUACAUACUCUUUCUGAAAACGUUAAGCUUAAAGCUCACCCCACACACCAUACACUUCUUCUACAACGAGCACACAAAUGACUUUCCACUCUACACGGAAGCUAUUAAAUUCUUCAAUCAUCCCGAGUCGAUGGUACGCAUUGCUGUGCGCACAAUUUCUUUAAAUGUAUAUAAGGUGCAAAAUGCAAGCAUGCUGCGGUUUAUCAGAGACAAAACGGCUGCGCCCUAUUUUAGCAAUAUAGUUUGGUUUAUCGGCAAGCACAUAUUGGAGCUGGACACCUGCGUGCGGACAGACAUAGAUCACCAAUCGAAUCAGAAGCUUUCCAAUUUGGUUGCCGAGCAUCUCAAUCAUUUGCACUAUUUAAACGACAUCCUGCUAUUGGAUAUCAAAGAUUUGAAUGCAGUGCUCACCGAACACUUGCUGCACAAGUUGUUUGUGCCUUUGUAUAUAUUCUCGCUGACGCCAGCGCCGCCGCCACCCUCAUUAGCUGUGGUCACCCAAAAUUUGGCAGCUGUACUAAAUCGCAAUGUGGAUAUUGACAUACAGGAGAUUCAUCAUCCGCGCGUUAGCUCUAUUGUGGCACUCUAUUUGCUGUCGCUGGUCUUUUUGGUUGUCACCCAUGAGCCGCUAGUGCAUGCCUUGGCUUGGGUCAUAUUAAAUGGGGAUCAUAGCGUAUUCAAAGAAGGGGCAGCCGAAAUACUCAAUUCCUAUGUGGAGCAUCGCGAAGUAGUGGUGCCGAGCUUUGGUGAACCACACGAGAGUCUUGAACAGGCAUUGGACACGGUUGUAGGCCACACGGCUAACUACAGCGGCGAUGCAAUUAGCGAGGAUAGCGGCGUGGAGUCCACGCCAGCAGCGACAGCGUCUCCAUCAAGCCAGCAAACAGAAACUGUUGCCGAAGCUGCAGCAACCCAGUUACGUAAUAUUACCGACGAGGAGAAACAGAUGCUUCAACAGUCGACAUCAGCGCAGAGCGUCUCUGAGCUUCCUAAUCCAUUUUUGGAAACCGUGCUGCAAGCACUCGAUUGUACAGAGAAUGAUUACCUGGCUCUCUUGGCACUUUGCCUCAUUUACGCCAUGUCCCACAAUCGAGAUGGCAUGAAGAACGAGUGGUUCGAACAGGUGCUGUCGAAAUCGAUGCGAGGCUCGUUCAGCUAUAAGACGGCGAUAAUUGAACAUCUGCUUAAUAUCAUCACACAAUCCAGUCAACCAUCGUGUCGCAUUCGACUGAUCACGGCUGAGAUUGCAUUAGAACUGCUGCUGACCUUCACCAAGCCCGCCGCAGAUGAUGCACCUUGCAUAACGAGCUCGCAGCAGAGUUUGCUUUUCAGUGCUCGUAAUCAAUCCAUGGUUGUGCUGCGUAACUUUUACAAAUCAGAAGAUAUAUUCCUCGAUCUAUUCGAGAAUGAGUACAAUGAGAUGCGUAAGGCGCAGCUGAAUGUAGAAUUUCUCUGCACGUACUCGACCAUUCUGUUGCCACCCACGGGCACACCUCUAACGGGCAUUGAAUUUACCCACCGUCUGCCUUGCGGCGAGGUUGAAAAGGCUCGACGGGCCAUACGCAUCUACUUUCUGCUGCGCCGUACGUGCCAAAAGUUUUUAAAUGAGAAGGAAACACUGCUGCCGCUGACGAAUGUGGUGAACCUGGUGCAGGUGGACAAUGUGCUCGAUCUGAAUAAUAGUGAUUUAAUUGCGUGCACUGUGGUCUCUAAGGAUAAUACGAAACAACGGCGUUUUCUGGUCAUUGAUGCACUGCAGCUCAUACUCGUGGAGCCAGAUGCCAAGUUGUUGGGAUGGGGCGUGGCCAAGUUUGUGGGUUUCUUACAGGAUGUGGAAGUGCAGGGCGACAAGGAUGACUCACGUUGCCUGCACAUCACGGUACAUCGUGGCGGCGUCACACAUAAUCGUACGCCGCUUCUUUCAGCCAAAUUUUUGUUCGAUGAUCAUAUACGUUGCAUGGCGGCCAAGCAGCGUCUUACGAAAGGUCGCAGCAAGGCGCGUCAAAAGAAAAUGUAUCAGAUUGCACAGCUAAUCGAAAUACCCGGCCAGCUGGACUCGCCACUGUAUCCGGUGUGUGGCACCUCAUCGCAUUGUGGCAACUCGCGCCUGGCCCAAAAGGGCGCAAAUUUAACUGCGAGUCGAGUGCCCGGCUUUGCAGCUGUGCUGCGUGGCAAUAACAGUGCCGGCGUCAGUCGUACUCAGAUGGCACAGAACCGCUCCAUAGAGGGCAUACGUAAUGAAAGCGGCAGUCGCUCACGUCGUCGAAGUCCCAAUGCCGGCUCUAGCUCACCGUCCUCAUUGCGGACAGCCAAUGCUGUUCUGGAUCGGGAUCGUUCGCCCAGUGGCAGUGGAGGCAGUCACAGCUCCUCGCAGUCGAGAGAGAACUCACAGGCGCGUGGCUCCGGCAAUCGGUCGCGUGAGAGUAGCCCACGCAUGCCAAGACCACGAUCUGAGGAAAUUCCUUUAGAAGAUUUUCCACAUUCACGUAAUAAUAGUCCGCAUUCUCGAGGCGCUAUGGGAAACCCAUCUCCAUCCUCUCGCUCACAUACUCCAUCGAGAGCGUUGCACUUCGAUCAGAUAUCGGUGCACAGCGGCUCGCCACGAGAGUCGUCGUGUGUGCUGGGCACGAAUGCGUUGCUGAGCCAAUUGAAUGGUAGUGUAGCCAUUGCUAGAGAAGUGAUCCCAGUUCAAAGUUCCGAGGAGACCUCUUUCAUAGGCAAUGAUGUAGAGGCUGACAAUAGACGCAAGGUCAGGGGCAACAUUGAAACGGUUUAAUAACAAUUAUUAUAGCAUUGCAAUCUACUGUGCAUAUUGUGAAAGUUAAAUUGUCGCUACAAUUUUGUUAUUCCAAAUAAUGUUAAUUUAGUAUUAAUUUAGAAAUAAACGUUGAUUUGACGAAUUUAAAA